UUGAGGAUACUGAUGCUCUGAUCUUCCUCUUCUCUUCAGCCCACGAGACACAGUAGUGCUGCUGUUUUUCUCCUCCUGCUUCUUCUUCUUCUUCUUCUUCUCCUUCUUCUUCUUCUUCUUCUUCUUCUUCUUCUUCUUCUUGUGUGUAUCUGUGUUUGCCGCUGCUGCACCAUGAGCUCUGAAUGCAGCAGUUACUACAGCAGUGACGGUCUGUUUUUGGACGGGUUUUCUUGCCCCAGAGCGGGAAGCGCUGCCGCCGCUGUCUACUGCUGCGGGUUUAAUGACGUGAAAUAUUGCUGCGAUGAUCCCAACAGUUUCUUCCCGUACGACUACAGUUACAUGUGGUGGCUGAGUAUCGGUGCCCUGGUUGGUCUGUCCAUUGCAGCAGUGGUCCUUCUCGCCUUCCUCAUCACAGUAUGUGUCCUCUGUUAUCUCUUCAUUGCCUCCAAACCCCACCGUCUGGACAACGGCCUACCCCUCAGAGUGCCAGAGGCGAAUCCUCGCGAGGGAUUCAGUCGCGUGACAUCGACCGGCGUCUCUGGUCCGCAGGGUUUCAGGAAGCACUUCAGCAGAAAGCUUGACUGUGAUAACCAGCCGCCAGACCCUGAGCGCCUGUUUCAGAGAUGCUUCACCGCAACGGUCACCAGUGUGAAGGUAGAAAGUCCUGCCUAGGCCAGUGAGAUACUUUUUGUUCAUAAAUGGGACCCACAGUCUGGAGGUCAGGAGACCCAGUGAACCGGGAGGAAGACAAUGUGGCCAGCCAGUGACCCUGACACUGGGAGGAACACAAGCUGACAUACUGUGGUGUGCAAUGGAGUCGCACUGGUUGAACAAGACUUAAGUGGUGUCAAGCACACUGGCACACAAAGGCUCUGAAAGAUUUCACCUUGAUAAUGCUAACUUUAUGUGCAGCAGUAAUUGAAAGCUCGAGUUUUCCAUUUUCUUUGAUGAGAUGGGAUAAAAUUGGUUUUCUUUAAAGCAAAAAAAAAAAGAUGAAUAAUUGUACAAUUGUUAUUAAAGUAUAAGGAAGAGUAUAAAGGGUUGAGAGUUGAGCAUGGACACCAAUUGCCUUUUUUAAUUUAGCUACGUUUUACUCAGGGACUGACAGAAUCAAUGUUUUUUCAUCUCUUUCAAGGCCCCAGGGUUGGAUUUUUGGACAUGUCCGACAAUGGAUGAUUAUUAUGUCGGCGAAGUAAUUCAGGGUGGAUGUGGUUAAGGAGAUGGUUGUGUCAGCAAACAGUUUAGGAAUACAGAUCAAAAGUCAUAAUGGUUUCACUGCUGAUGUUAGUCAGCUAAGGUCAGUAAAAACCUGGAAACAUCAGUUUUAAAGAGCCAGUGUGUAUGUAUAAAUGAUGAGAAAUGUAAAACUCCCCUUUCCCAAGCACUUCAUGAAACUUUUGGAAUUAAAGGUGUCCACAGAUAAUCUGGCUGGUUUAAAAAUCCCAAA